GUAUAUCGUUACUCCCGACCCAGAUGAUCGCUGAAGAGAGGUGACUGUCACUACCUGAUGUACGGAACAUGCCGCCACUAUCAAAGUUCAUCAACAAACCUCCGCACUUUUUAUGGCAUGCAUCAGACUCCAUUAAAAAUACGGAUACUGCUUCAGGCGCCAUAUUUUCAACCGGUUUUGAGGACAACUCAGGCGCCAUACUUCCAAACAUUUCUGGUUACCAUGGUUUUCACAACUCAAAUUGCAUUAUGGGAUCUCCGGAUUCACACAACAGAACCGAUUUAUUUUCUUGGAUGUCUGGUUAUCCCGACUUACUCAAUUCCACCGUUGCUCUCCCCGGCAACACAGAGUACAAAGGUGGAUAUGAUGCGAUAGACAUGUUCUCAAGCUUAGAAAAGAUUUGUGACGUACUCGCUUCAACAGGCAUGUUGCCAGGCAACACAGAGUACCAUUCCAUACUCAACUCGACAUGUCUUCUACCAGGUGGUACUAUACAAAACGGCUCACUGAAUACUACCGGUACGCUAUCAGACGUUUCCGGAAGUCUACGGUUGACAGAGUGGAAGAUUGCGUUUCUCUUGCUCGUGUUGAUGAUGAUAGUGAUGACUUUUGUUGGAAACACUUUCGUGAUCGCGUCGAUCCGGCUUGAACGUCGGCUGCAAACACCGACCAACUACUUGACGCUCUCUCUGGCGGCCACUGACCUCCUGGUGGCGGUUCUGGUAAUGCCACUCAGCGUUAUCAAUGUGUUAAAGCACGACAUUGUCCUUAUACCCUUCGUCUGUCACCUGUGGAUAAUUCUUGACGUCAAUCUGUGUUCCGUGUCAAUAUUCCACCUGCUCGUCAUAGCUGUUGACCGGUACAGGUCAGUAACUGAUAUAAACUACCAGUGUAAACGGUCUACUCAUAAGAUCUUGGGAAUGAUAACUAUAUGUUGGUGUGUGGGCUGGGUAAUAUGUAGCCCGCUCAUAUUUGGAGUCUCUGACCCGAAAUAUGACCCCAGCAUCACUGGGGAAUGCUUGAUCGACCAGAGUGUUAUUUAUACUUUGUUUUCUACAAUAUUUGCUUUUUACAUACCCGCAAUGGUAAUGGUUUCGAUUUACUACAAGAUAUUUAGAAUUGCCAAAUCGAGUAUCAGAAAGACUUAUUUUAAGAAAUUGCUUAAAACUGACGAGAACGAAAUUCGGAGAAGUAGCGCACCAGAGUGUUUGAACUCCAGCAAAAGACGGCAUCGUUCGAGCUUUGCCAACAUUCGGUAUCAUUUCGGUCGCUCUCGUGCAAGUCUCGACAGCUUACGAUCCCACUUCAGCAGUUCCCGUGGCAGUAUCGGCAGUCACCAUGUACAGUUCGGUAGUUCUCGGCAAAGCUUCGACUCACAACAUGUAAACCAUGGCAGAUGCAAUUCUCGGACAAGUCUCGACAACUCUCAAACUCAUAGGUCUUCAAUAAGCUCCAACAGCCGAAGGUCGCAACGCAGUGUUACCUUUUGUGAUACGGACAGUGGCUGUACAGAUUGUCGUUGCAGUAAGGGCAAUAACAGAGAAAAGUGUGGCUGUAUCAAUGACCAUCACGGAAAGAUCGAAGGGCCGGGCUUCGUCAAUCAUCGGCAGAAAACAAGCAUCACGGAUCACGGGGCGCUAAUCGUCCCUUCUCAGGCUAGCUCCAACAAUCAACGUGAAAAUUUCGGUGUGUUUCAUGCAAACGUUCAUGACCGUUGUGAAAAUUCCGGCUGUUCCCGGCCACGAUUCGGCAAUCAUCGGAAAACAGUCUGCUAUUCGCAAGCUAGGUUCGACAAACAUCGUUCAGAUACCGUAUUAUCCCGAGCCAGUAUAGAUGGCCGCUGUGUGAGUUAUAGUGAAUCCAGUUUCGUGUCAAGAAGGAAAUCCUCUACAGAAAAUAAAGCUGCAAAUGAAUUUGAACUUGAACAGAUUUCUCAGAGUAACGACAAACCGAUAAAUAUACCGAUUGGCAAUGCGUCGCCGUUUAAAAGGAGGAGAGCUGUUUUAAAUGAUAGUAGAAGCUUCAAAAUGUUUACGAUAGGAAAUCACACAACUUUUGAUGAAAACUCAACAAGAUUUUCCGGACAUCGAAGCAAUGUACUAAAUCUAGACGAGGAGAAAAGGAAACAUGAAUCUAAACGGGAACGGCGAGCUGCACGAACUCUCGGAAUAAUAACGGGGGCAUUUAUAAUGUGUUGGUUGCCGUUUUUCAUCGUUGCACUAAUUUCUCCUUUGAUUAAAAACAAGGACGUCACCAUUCCACAAUCCGUGCAGACAUUCGUUCUCUGGCUUGGAUAUUUUAAUUGCCUUGUAAAUCCCUUUAUAUAUACUGUUUUCAACGAGGAGUUCCGAAAGGCAUUCAAAAAGUUAGCGUCCUGUAGGUAUUGCCUAAAGCGCAGAUUUCAUUAGUGCAUCUGCAGAAGACUUUCUAAUGGAUAUGCGUUUUAAUAUUGUAUUGGCUUAUGUUCAAACCUAUAAGAAAUCAUGGAUUUAUCAUUAUACACGUCUAAGUACUGUUGUCAGUUUUAAAUGUUAACGCACGUUUUGGCUUUCAGCAAGAAACAAGAAGACAUUUAUCAUGACUUUCCACUUUACUAAUAACAGCGAUUAAAGCCAUUCUUCGGUUUUCCGUAUUAGACUCCGAGAAGCA